AUGCCUGAGAGUAUUCCUUCAGUGCCUCAUUUUGCACCCGUUCUUCAUCACACUUCGACAACCCCGCAAGGCGCAGCCAUAGAUCCUGACUUCUUUGGUUCGGAUGCGCCGAUAAAACCAACAUUAUCUUCAUCAUCUAUUCAUAUACGUACAUCACAUAGCACAAUACUACCCUCACCGACACCUCUUUUAAGUUCAGGUUCAAUCAAAGAACCUAUCCCCGCAAAGUCGGAGUAUCUGACACAAACAAUGGCGUCUGAUACACCCACUUCCACACCAACAAACGUAUCCCAUGGGCCGAAUGGUAUCUUCGGCUGGGGGAUGCCCGCAGAGAUCGCAUUCUUCGUCUCUGUCGCCAUUCUAGGACUUUGUCUACCUCUCGGAUUAUUUUUGUACCUGAGACGAAGACGCCAGUCCAAAAAACAAAUUGACGAACUUCAAAGCCCAUCGAUUUCGUCAAUUAACACGGACCUUACCCUCCGCGGAUCAACUACCCGUCCACCAACAGCAUCAAGUUGGUUGGAGAUGCUCAAACACCGAACUGAGACACCAUCUCCACCACAUGCCCAUGAUACCUACUUUGAACCUCCAAAACAAAUUAGCUUCGCACGGAGAAAGUUCUGCUCAAGAAGAAGUGGACGUAUGUCUGAAGCUGAUAUUGAAAAAGAAAUUAGAGAACUUGAUGAAGAGGUUAGGAGACGGAGUAAGUUGAGUCGGUCGAGAGGACAGAGUGUAGGCGUUCUACCGGACUUGGAGGAUCCAUGUAGCGAAUGUGCUCAGUCUUAUACUCAUGAUGAGAGGGGACACACUCAACCGGUUGAAGGCAGAAGGGGAACCCCGAUACCGUUCUUGGCGAGCGUCGAGCUUGAUUUAGCCAUUGUGGCUGCGAUCGUGAGAGAAGAUAAGGGGGGGCGAGAGGAAGAGGAGGAAAAUGAAGGAGGAGAGGAAGGAGAAGGAGAAGGAGAGAAGGAAAACAUUGAAGAUCAAGACAUGAUCAAUGGGAUCAGAGUUGUAGAUGAAAAGGUCCAGAAGUAG